AUGGAAUCUGAUGAUGGAGACAGAUCUGACGAUGGAGACACAUUGGAUGAUGGAGACAUAUCUGAUGAUGGAGACAGAUCUGAUGAUGGAGACAGAUCUGAUGAUGGAGACAGAUCUGAUGAUAGAGACAGAUCUGAUGAUGGAGACACAUUUGAUGAUGGAGACAUAUCUGAUGAUGGAGACAGAUCUGAUGAUGGAGACAGAUCUGAUGAUGGAGACACAUUUGAUGAUGGAGACAUAUCUGAUGAUGAAGACAGAUCUGAUGAUGGAGACAGAUUUGAUUUUAGAUCUGAUGAUGGAGACAGAUCAGAUGAUGGAGACAGAUCUGAUGAUGGAGACCACGGCUCCCAGCAAUCAUGGUGUAUUCUAAGCAACCUCUAA